AUGUCAGGCGCCUGGCGGGCGGCGGCCGCCGUCAAGCAGCCCGCGCCCUCCUUCAAGGGGACGGCCGUGGUCAAGGGGGAGUUCAAGGAGCUGAGCCUGGACGACUUCAAGGGGAGAUACCUCGUUCUGUUCUUCUACCCGCUGGAUUUCACCUUUGUAUGCCCCACAGAAAUUGUAGCCUUUAGUGACAAAGCCAACGAGUUUCACGAUGUGAACUGUGAGGUGGUUGCAGUUUCUGUGGACUCUCACUUCUGUCACCUGGCCUGGAUAAAUACACCACGAAAGAGCGGCGGCUUGGGCCAUAUGAAUAUUCCAGUUCUAUCAGAUCUCACGAAACAAAUCUCCCGUGAUUACGGUGUGCUGCUCGAAGGACCUGGCAUAGCACUACGAGGUCUCUUCAUCAUCGAUCCUAAUGGCAUCAUCAAGCAUCUGAGUAUCAAUGACCUCCCUGUGGGUCGUAGUGUGGAAGAGACCCUUCGCUUGGUGAAAGCAUUCCAGUACGUGGAAACACACGGAGAGGUUUGCCCAGCAAACUGGACUCCAGACUCCCCUACAAUCAAACCAAGUCCAGAAGCUUCCAAGGAAUAUUUCGAGAAAGUGCAUACAUAAACACUCAACUA